CCACAAUCCCCAGCAAUGGCUUUAUCUCGAUACCAAGGCUAACGACGACACCAACAUCCCAGGCUGACGACGGAACAAAAGAUAGAUAAGACGACUCUAACAUCUCAAUUGGCAGAUGUAUAUCUACAACAGCUGUGAUCUCACUUCUGGAUCUAGUUGAACCUUUUCUUCGAAUAUCACUCUGAGUACGCUCCACUUUUGGCUCCUAGUCCCCAAUAUUUGGUUUCAAACCAUGACUGAGGAAUCCAAAAAUAUGAAGACAGAUGUGACACCGGCUGACAUGGAAGAUACCCAUUCUGUCAAGAUUGGAUCGGUCACUUCGGCGACUGCAGACGUUGCUGCUGCCUACGCAAAUCAGUUCACUGGUGAGGACACAUACACGAAGAAAGAAGAGACCCGUCUUCGAUGGAAACUCGACCUCCGCCUUGUUCCUCUUCUGUGGUUCAAUGUCACCUUGGGUGCCAUGGACAAAGUUACAACGGCCACAGCAGCGUUGUACGGCUUUCGCGCUGAUACAGGAUUAACUGGAAAUCGAUACAGUUGGGUUGGAUCGGCUUUCUACUUUGGGUAUCUCGUUUGGUGUCUUCCAUCUGGAAGUAUUCUCCAACGCCUCCCAAUCGCCAAGGUAAUGUUUAUCGCCCAAAUUGUUUGGGGGAUAAUUUUGAUCGGCACUGGUUUUGCAAACAACUUCGCAACUUUAAUCGCCCUUCGCGUUCUCCUUGGCGCACUUGAGGCCCCUAUUGUCCCCGGCAAUCUGCUCAUCAUGUCGAUGUGGUAUACGAGAAAGGAGCAGCCACUUAGAACGGGCUUGAUGUAUACCGGUCUCAGUGUCUGUUUUACUGGACCUAUUGGAUGGGGCAUCGGCUUCAUGUCUGGCGAUCAUCAAUGGCGCAGCAUGUUCUGGAUAACUGGAGCGAUGACAAUCGUUUGGGCCUGCGUUAUCGGCAUCUUUCUGCCUGACAAUCCUGUCAAGGCCAAGUUUAUCUCGGAGCGCGAGAAAGCCAUUGCCAUCGAUAGAGUGAGAGCGGACCAGACAGGUGUAGAAAACAAGACAUUCAAGAAGGAGCAGAUGAUCGAGGCCUUUACCGAUCCAAAAACUUGGUUGAUGAUUCUCUUUAAUCUCUGGAUCUCGAUUCCAAACGGCGGGCUUACAAACUUUGCACCUUUGAUUAUCAAGGGACUCGGCUACAACUCUCAACGAUCUGUUUUACUAACUAUGCCCACUGGCAUCAUGCAAACUAUGUCAUCGUACAUCUGUAACGGUGGCGUAUUCCUUGUGGCCAGAUACUUGCCCGGAAAGCAACUACGCACGGCUUUUGUCCUAUUUGGUAUAAUUGUUGGAAUGAUAUCUGCAGUCUUUUUGUACACUCUACCACUUACAAACUACAACGGAAGGCUUGCUGCACUCUACAUGUCUUACUUUUACCUCGGGCCUUAUAUCGUUGCGCUGGGAAUGAACACCGCCAAUACUGCCGGGCAUACAAAGAAGGUUACUGUCAACGCACUGAUAUUCAUUGCUUACUGCGUCAGCAACAUCAUCGGUCCUCAAUUCUUCAAGGCUAGCCAAGCACCUCUUUAUCCUCUCGGCAUGGGUGCGAUCCUUGGAAGCUAUGUGCUCUCCAUUUUGACGAUCCUCGCAUAUGCAGCAUAUUGCGCUUGGGAGAACCGAAGACGUGAUCGAAUUGAUGCGGAGAAAGGAAAGAGAGUGCAUAAUGAUACAGACUUCAAGGAUUUAACUGAUAAACAAAAUGUUCACUUCCGAUACGAGUGGUGAAUGCUUGAGAAGGGGUUUCAGAUUGCGCUUGUGCAUGGACACUCGAGAUAUUUCUGGAUAUUCAGUGAAUUUGAACGACAAACGUUCGCUUAU